UUUGAUACUUAUUUGGUUGAUUAUGGUCAAUCCAUAUCAUAAAUGUUUUUUUAUGAAGGGAAGAUCUGAAUAGAGUUGAUAUUAAUCCGAAUGACAAGCAAACAAAGAAGCAAAAUUCAAAUCAAACCAAAAAACCUACGAGUCGAGUUUAGGAGAAAUUCGCUUCCAACAGUACUACUACAAUAUAAUGAACACCUCAAAUCAACUAGGCAUUGAUGUUCUUGAUAAAAUUUCCAGAAUGAGUUGACACGCACGCACCUAAUAAAAUGUAUGCGUGGAAAAUGUGAAAGUGAGUUGUGGUAACUUGCAAGAGCCAUAUAAUUACAAUAUUUUACUUUUUGGAACGUAUGUUUUACUUUUUUUAGAAGUUAAAUAGAUGAUACAUUUUCUAUAUACCUUAUGCUCUAAGUUGUGCAUUGUGUGGUGUUUUUUCUCUCAAAAUCCCAUGCCUAUAUAGAGCUAAGCUCAAACUAAAUAACUUAUUUAUAAUGAAGUGUAAUAUUCCUUUCGUCUCCUAAAGUAAAAUUAUUAAAGUAUGCUCAAACUAAAUAACUAAAUACGUAUUUUAUGAGGAAAAAAAUUCAAAAAUGAAACCGACUAAAUUUUUAGAUGGAUCAAAAUGCCAAAGGGAGACAAUGGAGUAUAUAAAUUUAUCUAACUUCCAAAUCCGUAAAUCGAAAAUGGAACGGAAAAAAACAGAAAACCAGGUGUCAUCUCUUCGGUGGCCCCUCAAACAAAGGGGUUCACAUAUUUAGAAGUCACAAUUCGCUCUCAGCGUUCUUCACCUCAAAAUUGAAAUUAAAAAAAAAAAGGCUUGAAAAAUUAAAAUAGCAACACUUUUUUAACUUAGGAUUAAAAAUUUACAUGGUUUUCGAAGAAAGGUAGACACUGAAGCAACUCUUAAGUUACGUGUAUGAUUUUCUCUAUUGCGUUCAAAAUCAAAAGAAGCAGUUAAUUUAUUCUGGAUUCUUGGAAGUUGGUCUAAUAAUACUCCAUAUGACAUCUGGGCUUUAGACUUAGAGAGUGGCACUGGCCGAUGGAGACCAUUUCUUGCCACGCUGCACGCUGCUGUUAUGUUUUAGACUCUAGAGGGGUUAACCACUUGAACAUUCGGAGAUCCAAUCUCCCCAUACUGAGGGGGGAGAGGUUCUUUUGUUUUCUAUCAGAACCAGGGUCUGCGUCUUCAAGAUUUUCUUGUGUAGAUAGUCUGAGGUUGAAGAGGCUCCACCAACAUCAAAGGUCAGGGAGAGUUCGCUCUCGUGACAAGUAUGAACAUGUUGGUUCAAGUGUCAUAACUGAAACUUCUAACUCUUAUAUUCUUGAUGGUGAAGAGGGUGGUAGCAGUGUGUCUGAUGGUGUUCGGUCAAUCCCCAAGGUAUCGAUUCCUAGCUUGCCAGGCGGAGGAAAUGGUGAUGGUGUAGAUUUAAUCAGCAGCCGUUUCUGGGAAUGGAAGCCGAAGUUAAUUGUUCAUUAUGAUACAUCAGGAUCUGAGAAUACUGAUUCCCCACCAGUUCUCUUUCUUCCUGGAUUCGGUGUGGGGUCGUUUCAUUAUGAGAAGCAGCUCAAAGAUCUUGGUCGUGAUUACAAAGUGUGGGCUUUAGAUUUUCUUGGCCAGGGCAUGUCAUUACCGGUUGAAGAUCCAACUUUGCAGUCUCAAGACAGAGAAAAGGGCUCGUUAGAUGGAGAAACAAGUGUUUGGGGAUUCGGAGAUGAGAGUAAGACUUGGGCUGAAGAGCUUGUCUUUUCAGUCGACCUGUGGAGGGAUCAAGUACGCUGUUUUAUAGAAGAGGUGAUUAAAGAACCUGUUUAUCUUGUGGGGAAUUCUCUUGGAGGGUUUGUGGCUCUGUAUUUUGCAGCAUGCCACCCUGAAUUAGUAAAAGGUGUAGCUUUGCUCAAUGCAACGCCGUUUUGGGGAUUUCUCCCUAAUCGUGAAAGAUCUCCAAGACUAUCGCGACUCUUCCCCUGGGCGGGAACGUUCCCUCUCCCUUCUAGCCUCAAAAAGUUUAUCGAAAUUCUAUGGCAGAAAAUAAGUGAUCCAAGAAGUGUCACAGAGAUACUGAAGCAAGUUUACUCAGAUCAUACAACUGAUGUUGAUGAAGUGUAUUCUCGUAUCAUUGAGACCACACGACAUCCAGCUGCUGCUGCAUCGUUUGCUUCUAUUAUAUUUGCUCCUCAGGGGCGACUAACCUUUGAGGAAAAUUUGGACAGGUGUCGAAUGAACAAAACACCCAUUUGUCUCAUGUACGGGAAGGAUGACCCUUGGGUGAGGCCUGUCUGGGGUUUGCAGGUGAAACGUAGAGUUCCAGAUGCUCCAUAUUACGAGAUAAGCCCUGCCGGUCACUGCCCCCAUGACGAGGUUCCUGAGGUUGUGAACUUUCUCCUGCGUGGUUGGAUCCGGAACCUGGAGUCGGAUGGUUCGGCCAUGCUGCCUUUGCUCGAUGGGGAAAGCAGCGAGCAUGGCGUCUGCAAGGACUUGGAAUUUACGAGAGAAGGUUCUAGAAGAUCGGUGCAGGUGCAGUUCUAUGGCUCCAAGUUAUCUGUCUGGAAUUGGUUAAAUUAUCAGCUGAAAGCUCUUUUCAUCUGAAACAGGUAGAAAUAAUGGCCUUUUGUAUAAUCAUGAUUUUUGGUUAUUAGUCUGCCUACUGAAGUAUUGUAGAAUAAGUUGUUAGUCACAAGACUAGUUUUCUGUAUGUAUCAAUUGUGGAAAUUAGUUACUGCUUUUGUGACAUAAGCUUGCCUAAGUGGUGACUGGUGAGGAUUGAAAUUAGUUAUUGAUUUCUUU